AUGCUCACCGGCAACAAGCUCUACUAUGGCCUCAUCUUGGUGCCAUUUGCGUGCUUCACACAAGAAUUGGGGCUGGAUGACGCGCAGACCUUCAUCCUCGCUGCCGCCGCGAUCCUUCCUCUGGCGGGAUUGCUCGGCGAGGCGACCGAGCAGGUAGCCUUCCACACCAAUGAGACGGUUGGGGGCUUGCUCAAUGCCACCUUUGGCAACGCGACUGAGCUGAUCGUGUGCUAUUUUGCGCUCCAGCGAGGCUUGCUGCUGGUGGUGCAGGUGUCGCUGCUCGGAUCAAUCCUGUCAAACACGCUGCUGGUACUCGGCUGCUCCAUGGUCGCCGCUGGCAUCCGCCAGAUGCAGUCCAAGUUCAAUCUGGUCGCCGCGCAGUCCAACACGACCUUGCUGCAGAUCGCCAUCCUCGGCCUUGUCGUGCCGACGGCGAUGGAGUCGACGGGACAGUUCGCGGAGCACUCGCCGAACGACCUGACGCUCGCACGAGGCAUCUCAAUCGUCCUGCUCAUACUCUACGUGCUCUACGUCUAUUUUCAGGCGCGGCCUUCCAUCCUCCCUCGCCCUGCGCCGCCCGGCUCAUCCUCCGCUCCGCUGCCACGGCAGGUGCUGCUACCGAUGAGCGGGGCGAUCGCGUGGCUGGCCUUCGCAACAGUGCUGAUCGCCUUUCUCUCCGAGAAGCUCACCGGCGCUAUCGAAGGCACCACUGCGACAUAUGGCAUUUCUGAGACCUUUGUAAGUUUCGUCAUCAUCCCCAUCGUCGGCAAUGCAGCGGAGCACUCGACUGCCAUCGUCAUGGCCUGGAAGGGCAAGAUGGAUCUCGCCUUUGGAGUCGCGCUCGGCUCGUCGACGCAGAUCGCACUCUUCGUCGUCCCGCUCAUGGUGAUAAUUGGCUGGGCCAUUGACCAGCCAUUGACCCUAGUCUUUGGCGUGUACGAGACGAUAAUCACCUUUCUUUCCGUGCUCAUCGUCUCGCACAUCGUUAGUGACGGCGAGACCAACUGGUUGGAAGGCACGAUGCUGCUCUUCACCUAUUUCAUUAUCUGCUUCGCCUUCUUCUUCUAUCAUCACCAAGAGGCGCUUCCCGAUGACCACCCCAUGAAGCACGCCUAG